AGAAGGGGCGGUCUGGCGCCCGGGCGGGUUUCUUCCCGGAAGCGGAAGCGCGGCGGAGGCCUUGGAGCAGCGAACCGGCGCAGGGAGGGCGGGUGUCACGAUGCUGGCGCUGCGGACGGCGCGCGGGUUCUCCGGCCUGCGGCUCCUGCUGCGGGAGGGCGCCCGUCGGGCGGGUCCUGGAUCGUCGCCGCGGAGGAGCGCCUCGGGGCUGCCCAUGAACACGAUGGUGCUCUUCGUGCCGCAGCAGGAGGCCUGGGUGGUGGAGCGCAUGGGCCGCUUCCACCGCAUCCUCGAGCCGGGACUGAAUUUCCUCAUCCCACUCCUAGACCGCAUCCGCUAUGUCCAGAGCCUCAAGGAAAUUGUCAUCAACGUGCCAGAGCAGUCGGCUGUUACCCAUGAUAACGUGACCCUCCAGAUCGAUGGGGUUCUCUACCUGCGCAUCAUGAAUCCUUACAAGGCUAGCUAUGGGGUGGAGGAUCCCGAGUAUGCUGUCACUCAGCUUGCCCAGACUACCAUGCGAUCCGAGCUGGGCAAGCUCUCCCUGGAUAAAGUUUUCCGGGAGCGUGAAUCCCUCAAUUCCAGCAUUGUGGACUCCAUCAACCAGGCCUCGGACUACUGGGGCAUCCGGUGCCUGCGCUACGAAAUCAAGGACAUCCACGUGCCCCCCCGGGUGAAGGAGUCCAUGCAGAUGCAGGUGGAGGCCGAGAGGCGCAAAAGGGCCACCGUCUUGGAGUCCGAAGGGAUGCGAGAAUCAGCCAUCAACGUGGCUGAGGGGAAGAAGCAGGCCCAGAUCCUGGCUUCAGAGGCUGAGAAGACAGAGCGGAUCAACCAGGCUUCUGGGGAGGCCAGCGCCAUCCUGGUGAAGGCCCAAGCCAAGGCCGAGGCCAUCGGACUUCUGAGCAUGGCUCUGACCCAGCAGAAUGGCAACAUGGCGGCUUCCCUAUCGGUGGCUGAGCAGUACGUACAGGCGUUCUCCCAGCUGGCGAAAGAGUCCAACACCAUCCUCCUGCCCACCAGCACUGGAGACGUGACCAGUAUGGUCGCCCAGGCCCUGACCAUCUACUCCUCCCUGACCAAGACUCAGGAGCCUCCCGAGAGCCUGGAGGGCCCCACUGACCCUCCCCGGUUGGCACAGAAGCCUCCCAGCACCAGCUAUGAGGAAUUGGAGCAGUCAAGCACCAGCUAGCCGGAGCCCCCAAGGACUGGCCCCCAAGGAGCCCCGGAUGCACCCCUGUUUAUUUUCUUAUUGGAUUGAAUCAUGUUGCAAUAAAAAGGAGAUGGCAGA